GCACGGAGGAGUACUGGAGGUCUUCUUUCGAGCAUCUUCAGGGCUCCCACGCAGCGUACACCGUCCGCGGUGAUUGCACGGUCAGUCACUUCAAAGUCAACGAGGGAAUGCCGCUGACCCAUGAUCAGAGUCGACUGUCUUGUCUGUAUGAACGAUGAUCUCCCGAUCAACAAAACGGCCAAGCUUGCCUGCGGUCACAGGAUGUGCCACCCUUGCUUGAAACGUCAGUUCACGCUUUCGGUCCAGGAUCCACAGCAUAUGCCCCCGAGAUGCUGCACCUCAGAGCACAUCCCACUCAAGUAUGCCGAACGAUUGUUCGAUGACAAAUUCAAAAUACUCUGGAAUAAGAAGUACCAAGAGUACACGACGGCAAAUCGACUAUACUGCCCCGCCAAAGGAUGCGGCCAGUGGAUCAAACCAUCGCGGAUACGUAUGGAUUUGACUUACGGAAGAAAGUACGCACGAUGUGGCGCUUGCCACACAAAAGUGUGCGUCUUGUGCAAUAGCAGGUUCCACACGAGACGAGAAUGCCCGCAGGACGAGGAAACCAAUCGCUUGGUACAGAUGGCGAAGGAGAAGGGCUGGCAGAGGUGCUACAGCUGCAAGGCUGUGGUUGAGCUCAAGGAGGGUUGCAACCACAUGACUUGCCGCUGCACGGCUCAAUUCUGCAUGGUCUGCGCAGCGCCUUGGAAGACUUGCAACUGUCCCUGGUUCAACUACCAGCUCAGUGAAGAUGAAGACCGGCUAAAUGACAUGCGAGUUCCAUACACCCCCCGGCAACAUGAUGGGGUUGAGGUUAUUGAGAUUACAGAAGAGCCCUCACCACCUCUAGCACGCCGCUCGAGCACACGUACUCGACACCGUAGCGAGCGAGAGCGCGACCUCGAUCGCGCAGACGAAGCGCUCGCGGCACACGUACAAACCCAUCUUCAUCUCAACCCAACUCCGAUAGAAACAAGCCAUCACCGCGAAGAUCCGGUUGUUCAAGUCUACGGCUUAGGCAACUCGGGCGGUCAUCAUAUGAACGAUUCAUAUGCUAUUCGUUCUCUGCCGACGUCGGCAGCUCGCUCGGCAGCUCGCACCUCCGCCCCUCGCGCUCCGUUCUUCAGCAGCCGGCGUGUGGUUCGGGAAGCCGUACCUUCUGCACGCCCUCCUCCUGCAACCGCAUCAACCAUGGCUGGCUUGUCCAGAGACGGGAAGAAGGUCGGUGCGAACCGAGUAGGAACGUGGCUUAGUCACAUUCAAGUCGAUAAUGAAGCCAUCCAUACUGCACCAAGGGGUGUUGAAGUCGAUGACUGGAGGUGUGACGGGACGAUGAUUGGAAUUGACUGAGCUUUCGCAUAUACCGCGGGAUAUGGAUGACUUCGCAUUAAAUCGCAUAUACUGCGGGAUAGGAUGACGCGAUUGGAUGCAUACAAAGGCAUUGGACACGGAAAGAUCUGGCGAUAUACCCAAUUACUCCACUUUAAUAGAUUCGACAUUUAGUUUAUUUUUCAUGUCUAGCGGACGCUGCAUUAUUCUACACCUGUCUUACCCCGGUGACGUGCUUAUGCGGCGAAUGCACAGUGAAGAUCCCCGUCCAUCCAAGCAAUAAUGAUGUCACCG